AUGAACAUAGCCACCGACUUGUUACCCGAAGUAACCACCAAUUUAACACAACUACUACUCAACUCUUUGGCUAUUAGUGUUGUUAUCAAGGGUGCUAAUCCUCCUGGGUUGCACGAAUUGAACUUUGGCGACGAGUUAUACAAUUUUUCAGGUUUGAAAACAGUACAGCCAGACGUGGUGGUUGCUAAAGAUGGCUCGGGAAAUUUUACAACAGUUCAAGAAGCUGUAAACUCUAGGGGACAACGAGCAUGGGGCCAAAGGUAUACGAUUUAUGUGAAAAGUGGGGUGUAUGAAGAAAAUGUUGUUAUUCCACAUGAAGCACCAUUUAUUACCAUGUAUGGUGACGGAAUAGGUAACACCAUCAUAACCGGCAACCGGCAUGACACUGGCGAGUUGAAGAAUACGUCCACGUUUCAAGUUUGGGGUCGUAGAUUUAUCGCUCUACACCUGACAUUUCAGAACACAGCGGGACCUGAAGGUGGGCAAGCAGUGGCGUUCCUCUCCGGCUCUGACACAUCAGCAGUCUACCAGUGCAGCAUUGAGGGCUAUCAAGACACACUAUUUACUUUCCAUUCUAGACAAUUUUACAAAGAAUGCCAAAUCUAUGGAACUAUUGAUUUCAUUUUCGGCGCAAGUCAAGCUGUGUUCCAAGAUUGUGAUAUCUUUUUAAGGGAACCAAGACUCGGAGGAGGGUUGGUUGUGACUGCUAACGGUCGGAAACGCAGUAAUCAAACUGGCGGGUAUUCGUUGCAAGGGUGUAAAAUAAAUGCUGCAGACGAUCUUAAGCCCGUUGUAGGUCAGUACAAAAAAGCAUUCUUAGGAAGACCGUGGUUUGCGUAUGCUCGGACAGUUUAUAUGCAAUCUUUUCUUGAUGAUUUGGUGGACCCACAAGGAUGGCUUGAUAGUUGGGGUUACAAUCAAACUGCCUAUUGUGGGGAGUAUAAGAAUUCUGGACCAGGUUCAUCUACUGAUCAAAGAGUCAAUUGGCCUGGUUACCAAGCGAUAACAGAUCCAAAUAUUGCCAAUCAGUUCACUGUUGCUGAGUUCAUUAAUGGCACCAAAUGGCUUCCUACAUCUGGUGUGCCUUUUGUACCCGGGUUUGAAAAUGAGUAG